GUCGUUGCGACGUGGUCCUACCUACGAAUCCCACUAACCCGCCUUGACCGUCUCUCUCCCUUCGGUUUUUCUUCUUCCUAUGGAGUUUGACCCCAUGAACUCCACAUGGAACCUCGAGCCAACUCGCGAGCGUGUUCAAAUACAAAGGACGAAUCUUCUCCCUCCUCUGCAGAAACCCAUCUCUCCCGAGACCAGUUCUUGCAACCCCAUAUCGCCGAAAUCUCGCACCAUCCCAUAUGCCUUUGCCCUGCGCUGCUUCUUGAUCUCGAGAUUAGUGCUCCGACCCACGACCCCCAGGAGAAAGAUGAGCUCGGAGAAGCUCAGGAUCGUCGAGUCCGUGUCGGUUUUCUUGGUGGGCGUUCUUGUCUUGAGCUGUGCGCGAUUUGUGCAGUGUCAAGAUUUGAGUGACUACAGCCAAGUUGACAACCCUGCUGUUCUGCCCCUCAUUACUCAACUCGUUUACGCCCGAAUUUCAAAUGUCACCACGAAUCUUCAGUAUGAGAUCAAUAACCGGUCCAGCUUCUGCAUUAAGAAUCCGUCAGAUGAUUGGAACAGAGCUUUCAAUUAUUCAUCUAAUUUGGGCUUCUUGUCCUCUUGCAUUCAGCAAACUAAAGGAGAUAUGGCUAGCCGUUUGUGUACAGCAGCAGAACUGAAGUUCUACUUCAAUUCCCUAUUUCAAACUUCAGUGAGCAGUAAUUAUCUGAAGCCCAACAAAAAUUGUAAUCUCACCACCUGGAUUUCUGGUUGUGAGCCUGGAUGGGCUUGCAGUGUUGGUGCGAAUCAACCAGUCGAUCUGAAAAAUGCACAAGAAAUCCCCGCAAGGACCGAUAAUUGUCAGGCUUGCUGUGAGGGAUUCUUCUGUCCUCAUGGUCUUACAUGCAUGAUCCCCUGCCCACUUGGAGCUUACUGCCCACUUGCAACACUCAAUACAUCGACAGGCAUAUGUGACCCCUAUACCUACCAACUACCCCCAGGGAGGCCAAAUCAUACUUGUGGAGCAGCAAAUAUUUGGGCCGAUGUUGGUAGGAGCAGGGAGAUUUUCUGUUCAUCGGGAUCUUUCUGUCCAACUACGGUGGAAGAUGUCACAUGUGGUAGUGGACACUAUUGCCGGCUGGGAUCUACAUCUGAGCAACCUUGCUUCAAGUUGGUUUCUUGUGAUCCGAACACUGUAAAUCAAAACAUCCGUGCUUAUGGGAUUAUGCUUAUUGCUGCUUUGAGUACUUUCCUACUCAUCAUCUACAAUUGUUCCGGCCAAUUACUCACUACUAGAGCGAGGAGACUAGCCAAAUCCAGGGAAGCAGCUGCAAGAAGUGCAAGAGAGACUGCCAUAGCACGUCAGAGAUGGAAAGCUGCAAAAGAUACUGCAAAGAAGCACGCGAGUGGGUUGCAAUCUCAUUUAUCACGGACAUUUUCCAGGAGAACAGACGCCGAGCGGUUCCAAAUUUUAAAUCAGGAUAGUCCUGAUGAAGCUUAUGAUUUUUCGCCAGCUGAUCAUGCAAGGAAUUCGACUUUGCCACCAAAUCAAAGAAAGAGGGAAAAUAUCGAACUCAUGCAGACGAUGGAUGAGAUUGAAGAAGAUAGUUCUCAUAAUCUUGAAGAUUCCAAUCCGGGCAGCGUGGGUAAGAAUAAAAAAGGGAAUAUAAAGAAAGUUAAACAUAUGCAUACUCAUACCCAGAUUUUUAAGUAUGCAUAUUCUCAACUUGAGAAAGAGAGAGCUCAGGAACAGAAGAACAAAGAUCUUUCCUUUUCUGGAGUAAUUUCAAUGGCCACUAAUUCUGAAAUUAGGAAAAGGCCACUUAUCGAAGUAUCAUUUAAGGACCUAACCCUCACUUUGAAAGGAAAAAAGAAGCAUCUUUUAAGAUGUGUUACUGGAAAACUAAGGCCUGGGCGCAUCGCGGCUGUCAUGGGUCCAUCAGGGGCUGGGAAAACAUCGUUUCUAUCUGCAUUGGCUGGAAAAGCUGUUGGUUGCUCAACUACUGGUGUAAUCCUGAUCAAUGGGAAGAGGGAAUCAAUCCACUCUUACAAGAAAAUUACCGGUUUUGUGCCACAAGACGAUAUUGUCCAUGGAAACUUGACUGUGGAAGAAAAUCUCUGGUUUAGUGCAAAAUGCAGACUUCCUGCUAAGAUGCCAAAGGCAGAUAAAGUGCUCGUUGUUGAGAGAGUUAUAGAGUCCUUGGGGUUGCAAUCAGUGCGAGAGUCGCUGGUUGGAACAGUCGAGAAGCGAGGGAUCUCCGGAGGCCAGAGAAAGAGAGUAAAUGUUGGCUUAGAAAUGGUGAUGGAACCUUCACUUUUAAUUCUAGAUGAACCGACAUCCGGUCUGGACAGUGCAUCCUCACAGCUGCUCCUGAGAGCACUUCGACACGAAGCACUGGAAGGGGUUAACAUCUGCAUGGUGGUUCAUCAACCGAGCUACUCACUGUUCAGGAUGUUUGAUGAUUUGAUACUACUGGCAAAAGGGGGCCUAAUUGUCUAUUAUGGUCCAGUGAAGAAAGUUGAGGAAUACUUUGCAGGAAUGGGCAUAAAUGUGCCAGAGCGAGUGAACCCUCCAGAUCACUUUAUUGACAUUUUAGAGGGCAUCGUGACUCCAAGCACAAGCUCUGGCGUGAAUUAUAAAGAACUUCCUAUCAGGUGGAUGAUUAACAACGGGUAUCCAAUACCUCCAGAUAUGAAGGAGGAUGCUGGAGCCAUUUUGUCCAGUGGAGGCGCAGGUAUAGUUGUUGGACUUAAUGCCCCUAGAGUUGGAACUGAGGAGCAAUCUUUUGCUGGUGAAAUAUGGCAAGAUGUGAGGAGCAAUGUUGAGAGGCAGCGGGAUAAAAUACGACUCAAUUUCUUGAGGUCCAAGGACUUAUCUCAUCGGAAAACUGCAGGAGUAAUCUCGCAGUACAGAUACUUUCUUGGGAGGGUUGGUAAACAAAGAUUACGUGAUGCUAGAAUACAAGCAGCAGACUAUCUAAUCUUAUUACUCGCUGGAGCCUGCUUAGGAACACUUGCUACUGGGGGUGAUGAAUCAUUUGGAGCUGCCGGUUAUACUUAUACCAUAAUUGCUGUCUCCCUUCUGUGCAAAAUCUCGGCUUUGAGAUCACUUUCUCAAGAUAAGUUGCAGCACUGGAGAGAGAGUUCUUCUGGGAUGAGCAGCUUGGCUUAUUUUCUUGCAAAGGACACAAUUGACCACUUCAAUACAGUGAUCAAGCCAGUGGUGUAUUUAUCGACAUUCUAUUUCUUCACCAAUCCGAGAUCUUCCUUUGCUGACAAUUAUACUGUUCUUCUGUGCCUUGUAUACUGUGUGACUGGCAUUGCUUAUGCCCUGGCCAUCUUCUUUGAACCCGGCGCGGCCCAGUUGUGGUCAGUUCUUCUUCCUGUGAUUUUGACUCUCAUCGCAACACGGAAUGGUGGUGGUAUUUCAAGUAUCAUAUCUAACUUUUGCUACCCUAAGUGGGCUCUGGAAGCAUUUGUGAUUGCAAAUGCUGAAAGGUAUUACGGCGUGUGGCUUAUUACUCGGUGUGGUGCGCUUUUCAAAAGUGGCUACGAUCUUAAUAACUGGGGUACAUGUAUAUUUAUCCUGAUCUUCAUCGGCGUACUUGGCCGUGCCAUAGCCUUCUUCGGCAUGUUGAUCUUCCAAAAGAAGUAAGUUCAAGCAGCGAUAUCCUCCUCAUCAUCGGAUCUCUGUGCACGGAAGCAUUCGCAGCUUUGAGCUGUUUUAAUAGGGCCAAAUAUUUGGAAAUGCGCAAUUCCUUGGAAAGGAGGGUUUCUGUGGAUCGUUAGCUUUCUCGGAAUUGCUUCAUCAUUUUCUAUACCGAGUAUUCGAGGUCGGCCAUCCUUGGCGAAGUUGGUCCAUCCACGUUCUUUAUCUGAUCUGGGGAAAGUUACUGCUCAACCAUUCUGUACACAA